UUUAGUUUAAUUUUAUUAUUUUUAGUGACUGGUGCUGUGAGCAAUGGAUCUCAAUCAGUUUUACAAAGGACAAUCCAAGCGUUAUUCGAAGACAGAUCUGGUUCCACUUACCCUGGGGAUUGCAAAAUAUUUCCAGCGUCUAGCAAGCAGAUGAGGAUGUGCAAGCGCAACCCGGGACUCCGGAAAGUCCUAGAAGUAGCUAGUCAGCAGGCGAUCACCGCUUGCGAGGAAACCUUCAAGUACGACAGAUGGAACUGCUCGCUGGUUUACAACAAGAAGCCCAAGAGGAAUAUAUUCAAGAAGAUCUACAGGGAAACAGCGUUCGUCCAUGCUCUGAUAGCAGCGUCCAUUACCCAUGCAGUAGCCCGAGCCUGUUCCUCGGGAGAGCUGAGCAGAUGCGCGUGUCUUUCCACUCGAACUUCUGACACAUUUGAAAACGUCUCCUGGCAAUGGAAGGGCGGCUGCGGCGACGACUUCAACUUCGGUAAACGAUACACGAAAAACUUUCUAGAAUUCAAAAGCGUUGGGAACGAUCAGGUCGCCGACAUCCUCAAACAAGACGUGAUGGUGGGAAUCAAUUCUGUGGGGGAACAGCUCAAGGAGGUGUGCAAAUGCCACGGGUUUUCGGGAUCCUGCACGACGAAGACCUGCUGGAAACGACUCGGUCCUUUCAACUCCGCCAUGGGCCUGCUAAAGAAGCAGUACCAUCACGCAUUGAAAAAGAAAUUGGUCGUCAAGCGAGCGAUAACUCCAAAUAUCCGAAAGAAGGUAAAAGAUAGGAAGAAUCUCGUCUAUCUGCAGAAGACGCCGAAUCUGUGUUUGAGUACUAAGUCUAGGGUUUGUAAGGACGUGCCCAACUGCGCGACGCUGUGCUGCGGGCGAGGGUACUCGGUGGGUAACAGGUCAGUGACCACCCGCUGCCGCUGCAGGAUGGUGGACUGCUGCUUCGUUAAGUGCGACACCUGCCUUGAGGUCAAAGAUUACUACGUUUGUAAAUAA